AUGGCCUACAAUCUCAACUCCCUGAUCAACCUUCUCGAACAAAUCCUUCGCCUUGAAGAUCAUAACCACCAUUUCACCAUUCUUGAUCGAAUUAAGAAACUCGAAAUCGAAUCUCUAUUGGAGAAGACAAGAUCUUUGCAAGAACAUUCUCAAAAUCCUUCACUACCAUUACGUGAAAGUCUCCAAAAAUUCGACAAUCGAAUAAGAGUUGCAGCUCACGACGCCGAAGACAUCAUCGAAUCUCACCUCACAUCGAAGCAUCUUUCGACGAAGGAUAAGACAAUCAUAGUUUCUUCUCUAGAUAAUUUGUCGAAAAUAAUCGAGGAGUUCGAUGUUAUCAAGGAAGAAAUUAUGAAGAUCAUCGAAGGAGUUGAUCGAUCGAAGGGGACAUUUUUUUCGUCGUCGAGGGAGGAUCUUAAUCCGAAGAACAUCGUUGUCGGGAUAAACAACGACUUGUUCGAAUUAAAACAUCGCCUCAUUGCAAUGCAACAUUCUAAAUUCGACCUCGUCUCAAUUUUAGGUAUGGGCGGUAUUGGUAAGACUACUCUGGCACGAACUUUGUACGAUGAUCCCUCGAUCGUUUCCCACUUUGACGUGCGCGCGUGGAUCGCAAUAUCUCAAACCUACGACGUGCGAGGAAUUUUGAUCGGUCUUAUGAAGUGUGUUGUAGGGAAAGAAGUUGUCGUCGAGGAAAAAGAUCGACUAUCUUUGCAUUUGUACAAAACGUUAUGGGGUCGAAGAUACCUAAUUGUGCUAGACGAUAUGUGGAGUUGCGAAGCUUGGGACGACAUAAGAACAUCCUUUCCUAUCGAAGAAAAUGGAAGCCGGAUUUUGGUGACCACGAGAGAGCAAAGCGUCGCGAACUAUUUAGGUUUGAAAACUUCGCAUCACCAAAUGAAAUUCUUGAAUGAAGUCGAAAGUUGGGAUCUUCUUCGCCGCAAGGUUUUUGGCGAAGAAGAAAUUUGCGUGCCGAAUUUGAAUGAGAUCGGAUACAAAAUCGCGAGGAAUUGUGGAGGACUUCCUCUUGCAAUUCAUGUAGUCGGAGGGAUUUUAUCACAGUUGGAGCGAGUCGAAGAAUCGUGGACACAAAUAGCAAACGAUGUGAGCGCCGCGGUGAUAAAUAGCAACGAUCAUAUCUCGAGGAUCCUAUCUUUGAGCUACGAUCAUUUGCCGAGCCAUUUGAAGCCAUGUUUCCUCUACAUGGCAACAUUCCCCGAAGAUCGCGAGGUUCGCGCUUUCAAACUCAUUACGCUAUGGGUAGCCGAAGGAUUUCUGAAGCCAAUCGCGGGUAAAACCUUGGAGGACGCCGCGAAAGUGUACCUAAAAUCGCUUGUCGACAGAAAUCUCGUGAUGGUUUUCCAACAAGAACUAAAGGGGAAGGCAAAAAGCUACAUAAUGCAUGACUUGUUGAGGGAUUUGUGCAUCAGAAAAUCUUACGACGAAAAUUUCAUCGGUGUCAUGACUGGUUCAUCGAGCGAAUCAUACAACGAAGGUAAUGAUCCAAUUCGCCGUCUGCGAGUGAGUUCUUCAGACAACAUCAAGUUCAUAACAAAAUCUCCGGCCUUAGCCAAAGUAGCCCGUUCGAUCUUUCUUUCGAUCCUACCAAGGACUCCUUACAAGAUCGUCGGUAGGUUUUGCUGGCUCGAUCUUUCCGAAUUGCGACUGCUGAAGAUCUUGGACAUAUUCGAAAUACAGCUCCCCGAUUUCGACGAGCAGAUAGAAAAGCUCGUGAAUCUGAGGUACUUAGCUUUCUCAUGCCGGCACAUCGAGUGUCCGGAGACCUUAAGUUGCUUGCGUAGUCUACAGACAUUGGUCAUCAAUUGGAAGACGAUGGUUUAUCCGAUGCGAUACAUCCUAUUCGACAUGCCGGGAUUGAAGCACCUCAAGUUUAAGGGAGAUUAUCCGCGAUGCGUUAUAGUAAAAGGCGAAAGAAUAGUUCUUCGAGAGAUGGAAACGCUCUCGACUGUGAUUGUCGACGAUGCUUUUCCCGCAAUUCUUGAAGUGAUUCCGAAACUGAAGAAGCUCGGGAUGUAUAAACGUGAGGAUACAGCGAUUUCGACUAACUUAGAUCUAACUUGUCUCCGAAAACUCGAAACUCUCAAGUACAAAUGUUCUUUCCAUGAUUGGCAACAAAAGGCUUCUCCUCUGUUAUCGAUCGUUACUCUGCCGUCGUCUCUGCAGAAGUUAACUUUGGCGGGAUGUCGAAUUCCUUCGGGGUAUAUCGAAAGAAUUGGCGCGCGUUCGAGCCUUCGAAUUCUCAAGCUGCAAUGGUGUACCUUUGAAGAUCAUGUAUGGGAGCCGAGUGAAGGGGCAUUUUGCGAGCUGCGGCUUCUGGUGAUCGAAUGGUUGGGAUUUACGAAAUGGAUCGCAAAUAAGGCGCAUUAUCCGCGACUCGAGCGUCUGGUUGUUCGAGAGUGUAAUUUACUCGAGGAAAUUCCGUGUGAGGUAGGCGAUAUUUUAACUCUAGAAAUGAUCGAAGUGUAUGGAUCGAGCAGUUCUGCAAUCGAAUCCGCGAGGAAGAUAAAAGAAGAACAGAUGGAACUUGGGAAUGAAGCUCUCCAAGUUUGCAUCUAUCCUCGUCUUGUUGAAUGA